AUGGCCCCCUUCGCCCUGGGCCAGGCCCCCAAGAUCGUGCCGACGCUACCCCCCCCGACGCUGCCGCCGAGCGCCCUGCCCAGCUUCACCGUCAUCUGCUCCACCACCAUCGCAGCGCCGCCGCUCGCCGUCCUCGCCAAGCUCCUCGACACGACGACCUGGCCGGCGUGGAACGCCUUCUGCAAGUCCGCCACGGUGACCCACGCGCCGGCCGCCGCCGACGUCGCGCCCCUCAACGCGCCCGAGCUGCAGGCCCUCGCCGUCGGCCGGCCGGGGUACCUGUACCCGGGGGUGCGGGCGACGUUUGCGGCGUACAUGACGCCCGACGCCGCGGCGCCGAACCGGCCGCGCGAGGUUGUCACGGCGCUCGAGGCGUUUGAGCGCGAAGGCGACGGGCGCAAGGGGUACCGCGUCGCGUGGCGGUUCGAGAGCCUGCCGCACGUCGUGCUGCACGCCGAGCGGGUACAGGAGCUCUUCGAGGUCGUGGGCGAGGACGGCGUUGUCGUCGCGACCGAGUACUACAACUGGGAAACGUUUGGCGGGCUCGUGGCGCCCGUGCUGAAGUGGUCGAAGCAGGGCGAGCUGUAUGAUGGGUUUGCGCGGUGGAUGGGCAGUCUGAAGGCUGUGGCCGAAGAGGGCUCGCAUGAUGGAGCAUGA